AUGAAGCUCUCAAUCUUCGUCCCUCUGGCCACCUUCCUAGCCUUCUUCGCUAUCGCCGAAACUACAGAUGAUUCUCCCAGCCGAUGCUUUAACCAAUGCUUGAACGAGGCUGCCGCGGUAGCUGGCUGUGCAUCGCAAUGGGAUACUGCUUGCACCUGCCCGAGCCCAGCGUUUAAAGAUACACUUGGUCUAUGUCUCAAAGAUGCCUGUACGGCCGCAGAUGUAGCAGCUGCAGGAUCGUUGCAUGAAGAGCGUUGUGGAACGAAACCGGACCCGGAAGACUGA